AUGCACUCUCCAUCUCGCUCUGUGCGUUUCCAUGGCAACGCUGUGCAGGCAUUUCACGGCUAUGAUGGUUCAUUUCCAGGGAUCUUACACUUGGUUCUGGUGUUGCGUCCGACUACUUUGUUCCAGAGGACUCUGUCAGACUUCCUGUUCAAGUACAACAGGGAUGAGUUCAAAAUGAAGGUGGUGAUGCUGAGUUCAGUGACUGAGCUCCAUGCCUAUAUCGACCCGGGUCAACUGACCACAGAGCUGGGAGGAACGCAGGAGUACUCCCAUGAAAGCUGGAUCUCACACCGCACUGCAAUCGAGGCCUUCGCUCUGAUGGUGAAGACCACGGCGCAGACUCUGCAGGCGUUUGGCACUGAACUCGCAGAGACAGAAUUACCCAACGAUACCGAGGCCACCACCGCCCUGCUGCACACACACUCUCAGAAGAAGGACGAAAUGAAGGAGGACCUACAGGUGGCGCUGUCUCAAGGGGGGCGGCUGCUGGAGUGUAUAAACGAGCCUCUGCAGACGGACGAUGAAUACAACAUGACCUAUGAUGAACUGGAAAACUUAGCCACUGUACAGAGACUCCUGGGUCAGCUGGAUGAAACAGAAAGAGCCUUCGAUGACUUCUGGGAGCGUCACCGCACCAAGCUGGAGCAGUGCUUACAGCUGCGCCACUUCGAGAAGCACUUCCGUGAAGUGCGCACUCAGCUCGACGUGACAUCGGAGCGGUUGUCUGGUUUCUCUGAAGUCAGUGUAAGCCCCGCCCACGCUGAGCACGUCCUCCGAGAGCUCAGCGGACAUGAGGACAAAGCCUGUGACGCACUCGACCACGCAUUGUCCCUGGCCGGUGAAGGUGACCGGCUGAUAGAAAACUCCCACUAUGCCGAGGACUCCAUCAGGCCGAAGUGCAGCGAGCUGAGAGGAGUGUGUGAGGAGAUCAGCUCCACCCUGAGGAGCAAGAAGAGCCUCCUGCUCCGAGCCAUGGAGCUGCACCACGCUCUGGAGAAGGUACAUGUUGUUAAGUGAUACAUUUAUAAACAAC